AUGAUGGCAAGGUUUCCAGAACGAUUGUUUCAGCUUCUCAAACUAGUAGAUGAGAAUGGAUGGGAAGACACUUUUUCGUGGGUAAACAAUGGUACAGGCUUCAAAGUACACGACAGGAACAAGUUCGAAAAGCUGCUGCUGAAGAAGCACUUCAAUACCACACGAUACGCGAGCUUUGCACGGCAGCUUCAUGCCUACGGCUUUGACUGUGUCCGAGCAGGAAGACAAACUGGAAUUUACUCGCAUCCACAUUUCAGGCGGGAUGAUCCAAUCGGUUCUUCUGCUUUGAAGAGAGAAGCGGGAAGAAAUGUCUCCAAGGCCGCCGUCUCCAGACGUAACCAGGAAUGCCAAGACGGGGGACUAGAAGAUCAUUUUGCACGAAUGCGCAACUUUGUCCUUUCAAAGGAUGCGAUUAAGCUAGCCCCUUUGCUUUUGGAGAGACCAAAUGCAAGUUGUCUGCCAAACAUGCAGAAGGACAAUGUGGGCACAGCUGACGACGGUAGCCAACAUUGGUCAGUUAUGUCAAAUCUAUACGAUACUGUUCGCUCUCAAGUCGCGGAUCGAAGAAAAAACGUGAUUCCUUCCCCACUUCCUACGCAAUGUCUCCAUUUCAAUCGCAAGGAGACUGGACCCUGCUCUGGUAUUUCUGCUGGUGGGACUUCACUAAAUGGCUCAUAUGGAAUGCACAAUCCACACAAGUCGUUCUGGACUCUUUCUACAAAUCAAAAGCGAGCGACUUCAGCACUAUCAAUGGCUUCAGUGAAUGACCCCACUCCAUUGCAUAUGAUAGUCGAUGAAGGCAAAUCGAAUGAUGCGUUUGCUACAGGCAACUUGAUUUGUGACGAGGAAGAAGACAGUGAUCUUGAUCCGAUUCCAUUAGAAGAGGCUGCCUUUGAUCAAAUUGCAUUGAAACCACCGGUGGAAGACGAUUAUUCGUUCCGUGGCAAAAACUGGGAUCCAACAAAUUGGUCACCAGCUGGCAGUGUAUCGGGUAAAGAUAACGACGCCCGUAGAUCACCGAUCCAAGACGGCUUUUUUCUGGAGCCCCGCCCAAUCAAUGAGAUGGUCCAAGACCCAGGUUGCUUGAGCACAUGUCGCUAG